UGCAUGUGUGAAAGUGGGACGAUGGCGGUCGGGAUGACGCAUUGUCAGAAACACGCAUCGCGAAGUCAUGUGAUCUCAUAUAUCCGCAUCAGGAAGGCGGGGAUUAAACGGACGAAUCCACUACGAGAACGCGGGGCUUGGCAGGUGAAGGCACAAUUUUUGCUCAAUCAGAACUUCACUAGACAUCCCCGAGAUUUGCUGUGUUGGUUUAGGACUGGGUGUCGGAGCUGUCUUUGGAAAUGCAAAGAGCUCCACUAUAUAUUUUGCGUGAAUGUCGAUAUCUUUGGAGCAUUUUGAUGGCCGUGUCCCAGUCACUGGCUUGAAAACGUUCCAGUAUGGGAAUCUAUCUCUACUCCUGCAGGGCCAAGGGCCUUUUGCCUCGGUGAUUAAUACAGAGAGCGGGAAACUGCUCUCCAGAAUCAGAGUGUUUAGAAGAAACAACAUUUAUGGAUAUAUGAUUGAUGAAUCACGACACAAUGGAGCCGAUAAUAUAGAUAUACUGGCCUGGGGCGGCCAGUCUCUACGUAUAAUCAGUAUAAGUAGCCAGGACGGCAACAUAUCAGUCGCGCACACGACAUCCGAAUAUGCGGCCCCUGAUUGGAUAUAUGAUAUUUGUCCCGCCAAUGUUGACGACAAAUCCAGUCUUGCCUAUCUAGUUACCGGUCACAAUUCCCUACUCUGUCUUGAUGUGGGAAACACAACUACUUCCAAGUAUUCUAAAGCUAUACGGCUGCGACGAGUCGCCGCAGGCGUUAGAUCAACACUUUACUCAGCCAACCUCGUAGCCCUUUCACCUUCACAUAUCUUGAUAACUGCCGGCACAGUUUUCGGCGAGAUCAUUGUCUGGUCUUGCUUUCGAGAGACGGAAAAUUCUGACUACAGCGGAAGUGCCAAGUCCUCUAUCCACCAUUUCUUCACCGGCCAUGACGGCUCGGUUUUCGGUGUAAAUAUCUCAGAUGAGAUGACUCUGACGGCUGGGGGAGGAUCCGGCAGGCUUUUAGCGAGCUGCAGUGAUGAUAGGACGGUUCGUAUAUGGGACAUUUCAGACUGCUGUCACGCGACGUCUACGGAUGUGACGGCAUACUCUACAGACGGAUUCGAUCUUCGAAGCACCGGUUAUGGAAGCACAGCACCUGUCAGCAUUGCGGGUGGUUCUGAAUCGGCGGUUGCAAAGGCGUGGGGUCAUGUUUCUCGUAUAUGGGGCGUUUACUUUCUUCCAGUCAAAGAGGGAACUUCUACCGUCAUCAACCUGGUCUCGAGAGGGGAGGAUGCUACUUGCCAGCUGUGGAGGUUGGAUCUGAGCUUGCAACCAGGCAAGGAAAUGAGAUAUGAUUUGAAAAACAUAAUGCAGCUAAACCAUCAUUCUGGCAAGCACAUAUGGUCACUAGCACUAGCUAGAGAUGAGCACGACGCAAUCACGGUAUUUAGCGGUGGCGGCGACGGGGGAAUCAGGACAUUCAGGCUAGACUAUUUCGGCCACCUCGCUUCCAAGAUAGAACUGCCUGAGCGGUCACCAUACAACUCGGGCACGAUGGUGAAAUUCGCGCAUUCCAAAGUCGACAAUGGUGAUCUACCCCGAUCUUCAGCAUUUGUUUCCAGGGACAGUUUUAUUGUAGCCAAUGCUUCUGGUGCAGUGCAGCUAGGGUCUAUAGACCUUUCUUCGACAUCCGCUAGAUUUCAAGAGAGGCCGCAUAUUACUUGGCAGGGUAUAGCCGUGGAGCAGGAUCUUCGGUCUGUCUCAUUGAUGGAUUCGCUUCCACAUUCCGGGAUCGCUGUUAUCGGCAGCUCGAGCAAACGACUGUGGGUUUAUGAUCAUCGCACGAAGGCCUUGACUGAACUUGUGACUGUGCAAUACAGACCUGUCAGGAUUGUAAUGCUUGAGGGCACAGUUGAUGCUUCGGAUGGUAGGAUGAGUUUCAGUUUCAUUGUAUCAUAUGCAGAUACCAGGCAGGUUGGGCUGUUCAGAUAUGACUUCUCAGAAAGCGGACAGAAUCUUCAACGAACAGAGUUAUCGCUGCCUACUCAUUUUCAGGCAACGGUUGCGGCAAUCUUUUGCCAUGGAAAAUAUCUAGCGAUUGGAGGGAAAUCGGGAGGGAUAUUGGUAUACAGACUAGAUGUCGAGGUAGAUAGGAUUGAUCACUUGUUUCACAUGGAACGUGUCCAUGGCAAGGAGUACGUGGCUUGUCUUGUCCCUAUAGAUGACCCGGAUAAUACAAACACGGGUUACAUCUUUUCAGGAGGCCAGGACGGCCACUAUUCUGUACAUCGUCUCCGACACCAGCCCGGUGUUGGUGGGAGCGAGGCUUUCCAGGCCAUCCAUAGAGCAUCCACGCCGUUUUCGCAUGUUGAGAAUGCAUAUUUCGAUUCAACGACCGGCGACUUUGUUCUCCUUGGCUCUCGAGGUGGGAUAUUUAUAAUAUGGAAUGAGACCACGCAGACAGAACUUAUGAAAGUCAAUUGCGGCGGCGGCCAUCGCGUUUUGCAGUUUAUGCCAGGUCUAGGUGAGUCUGGUUCUGGGAUAGUGAUGGGGAUUCUGCAGAGGUUUCUGCAUAUUGUUGUCACAGACUCUGUUACACCUCGCCCUCUUCGCGCUGGGAGUCAUGGCCGUGAGCUUAAGAGCUUGGCUAUAGCCAAUGUGACGGGUGAUGCUACAAGUGUACCGCUCAUUGCGAGUGGUGCAGAAGAUACCGCGAUACGCAUCUCUAUACCACGCAAGGUUACAGAUGACAGCAUGUCAGAAUCUUUACAGUGCGUAAGGGUCAUGACACGCCACGUUGCCGGCAUCCAGCAUGUCAAAUGGUCAGCUAACAGACGGUUUCUGUUUUCGAGUGGCGGCGCAGAAGAGUUCUUUGCCUGGAGGAUUCGAUAUGUGCCGAAGUUUGGAGUGGCGGCAUUUAUGGAAGCUGCUAUCCCGAGGGAUAAUGCUGAAGUGGAGUUGAGGAUUACAAGCUUUGAUGUUCUGAAUUUGAAGUCGACGGCCGACGGGGACUGCUUUUUGUUGGCGAUGGUUUACUCGGAUUCUCAGGUCAAGAUGUUUAAGUAUACUAGCUCCCCAACCAAGUGUGCUUUCGACCUAAUCGGCAGAGGUAUGUAUUCGACGAACUGUCUAACCGAGGUUCAUUUCGUGGAAGUUGGCUCCACGACAUAUCUAGUCACGGGGUCGACCGACGGCCAUCUUGCAUUCUGGCCACUAGGCCUGGAUAACGAACAGUGGAUUGCAGCAGAGGGUAUGCUUUCUAUAAAAUGGGUGAUUCACCAUCCCAUCCACAGCAGCAGCAUCAAAAGCCUCGACAUAGCCAAACUAUCACCCACCUCUCAUCUACUCAUUGGCGGUGGAGACGACAACUCCCUUUCUGUCACACUCUUCCGAUCAAACGACACUAACAAGUCGGAUAUCGCGACUGUAUCUAUCCAGAACGCACAUGCAUCAGCCAUUACAGCCAUCAAAGUCUUGACCACCACGUACCACCCUUCCUCUAAUCACCCCCCCUCUGCAGCAGCCAGCAGCAAGAGAAAUCUCAUCACCGUCACCAUAGCAUCCUCCGGGAACGACCAGCGCGUCAAAAUCUGGUCUGUCUCAAUCGACAACAACAAGCCCGCUACUCAAGCCGUCACGGUUUCACUGGAAAUUAACCGCUACUGCUCUGUCGCAGACAUUAUCGCAAUGGAUGUGCUCGAAUCUAGCGAGAGAAUGUUGGUGAUCGGCGGUGUGGGCGUGGAAAUGCUGCGGUUAUGAAAACAUCUUAAGUACAUAUAUAGUGAGAAUGUCAACAUAGGGCGGAGUAGUAAGAAUUUGUUCAUCUGAACUCUUGCUUAAUUAUAUAUAUUAUUAGUGAGUUAGAAUCCGAAAUCUAUAAUCUACAGGUAAUGACCACCAAAG